UUGACAUGCUGUGUAUGACUCUCAAACUGACACAUCUAUUCAAACACAAAUGGAAGCUAGCUGUUGCUUCCAUUGAUCAAAGUAUUUAAACGGACUUAAAUUGAUGUUCUGUGGAACUCAGUGAAAGUAGAAAGGACCUCUGUCAUCAGAGCCACCGGAAGCUCUCUGACUGUCGUCGCCGCUUCAGUCUUGUGUUUCCUGUUUACGGGCGGGAAGAGCGAAAGAAGCUAAACUAUCGGUCUGUGUUCUUGCAUCGUUGUGUUUCAAACAUCAGUGGUACGUUCGUUUUUGUUUCUUAGCUCAGUUUCAAUAAUUUAUGAUAAAGCGAAUUCCCCGCGACUCUGAUAUAUAUCUUUGCUUGACCUGUGCCCAGAGUUUAAAGGGAUUUGAAGCGCGAAACUGAUGGAGGAGCCCGCAGAUUCCGGCGGUGGCGGGGCAGCACAGGGCCCCAUGGCGCAAGUGGCGGAGAUCCGCUGCCCAAUAGCAGCGCGUCCUAUGCGGCUGCUGGAAUGGAAAGUCAAACCCGGUUCCCUCGUCAAUGUGGACUCGGUGUUGGCGUUAUGUGCUCCCAUCCCUCCGGAGAAAGAGGCCGGGUCCCAUCCGCCAGAACAGCCCAAUCGGCUGUCAGAGAAGAAGCUGAAAUCGGACCGAGCUGGAGUGGUGAAAGAGCUAUGUUGUCAACUUGGACAAGUCAUAUCGCCUGGUGUUGUGGUUGUAAGAGUAGAAGAAUGCAGCCAUCCCAUUGUGAUGAAAGGCCUGUGUGCUGAAUGUGGCCAGGACCUCACACAGAUGCAGACCAAUAAUGGGAGGCAGCAGGCUCUCAUCUCCACGGCAAAUGUUUCCAUGGUGCACAGUGUCCCUGAGUUGAUGGUCAGCUCUGAGCAAGCAGAGCAGCUGGGCAGAGAGGACCAGCAGAGACUCCACAGGAACAAGAAGCUGGUUCUGAUGGUUGAUUUGGACCAGACCCUGAUCCACACCACCGAGCAUCACUGCCAGCGCAUGUCCAACAAGGGAAUCUUCCACUUCCAGCUGGGGCGGGGGGAGCCCAUGUUACACACGCGACUGCGUCCGCACUGCAAAGACUUCCUGGAGAAGAUCGCCAAGCUCUACGAGCUGCAUGUCUUCACCUUCGGAAGCCGCCUCUAUGCACACACCAUCGCAGGCUUCCUGGACCCUGAGAUGAAGCUGUUUUCCCACAGGAUCCUGUCCAGAGACGAAUGCAUCGACCCCUUCUCCAAGACAGGGAACCUGAGGAAUCUGUUCCCAUGUGGAGACUCGAUGGUAUGUAUUAUAGAUGACCGGGAGGAUGUGUGGAAGUUUGCUCCCAACCUGAUCACUGUGAAGAAAUACAUCUACUUCAAGGGGACAGGAGACAUCAACGCCCCGCCCGGGUCUAAAGAGGCUCAGCAGGGAAGGAAAGGCAGCCAGGCCAGCCAACCAGCAGAGGCCUCAGAACCAGCAGUAACGUCAGGGACAACCGGGCCUAAAACAGGGCCAUCUGGAGGGUCGUCUACAUCAGAGGAGCAGAGUAACGGUCUUAAGAAACAACGGGCCAAAGACCACAACAAUGGAGGGAGGGGGGAGUCAACAGCACCCUCAGCCACUCAGGGAGCAGCAGCCAAUGAACGGACUCAACCGGACGGUGGCGAGGCUGUGGAGGAGGAGCGGGGUCAGGGCGAGGGAGCCGAGGCCAGCGCGGCAGCACAGGUGAGCGACAGGAUGAAUGUGAAAGAUGAGAUGAAAGCGGAGGGGAAUGGAGAGGGGAAGGAUGGCAGCAGGACAUUGGGCUCAGGGGAGGAAGCUCCCCUUCCGGGUGGGGUGAACUCAUCCUCCACUCCUCUUCCUCCAUCCUCCACUCCUCCAGACCUCCAUGAGCCCAACAGCAACCUGGACUUUGACCUGUCCAGCGACAGUGACGCUGACUCUCUUACGGGUAAACCCCCCUCAUCAGACAAUGAGAGGGACGGGGUAUCCAGCCAGACCAAGAAGUCCAAACAGGAAGGGGCGGAGCAGGCAGCAGUAGAGGAGCCAUCAGGCGGGGCUGGAGGAAAGGAGGGGGAGAACAGCUCCGCGGUAGUAGGGGAGACCUCAGAUGAGACGUCUGGGGCAGAGGUUGUCUUCCCUCCAGACCCGGAGCAGGAGAACGGGCGCUUAGAGCGGAGGGAGGCUGAGACAGAGUCCCAGAACAGUGAACAGUCAGGAGUCACCAUGGGGGAGGAGUCUCUGGACCCGAGCAUGGAGGAGGAGGAAGAGGAGGAGGUGGACGUGGACAAGGAUGACCACCUCAUCUACCUAGAAGAGGUGCUGGAGCGUAUCCAUGGAGAAUACUACGCCCGCUACAACGGCUUCCUCAGGAAGGAACGCCCAGAGAUGCCUGACAUCAGGAAGAUCGUCCCGGAGUUGAAGGCCCGGAGCCUGGAGGGCACCACCAUUGUGUUCUCUGGACUGUACCCCACCAAUUACCCCAUGGAGAGAACCAGGGAGAAUUACCAUGCCAAGGCCCUGGGAGCAAAGAUAGGAAAAGGCCUCCUGCUCCGCUCUAAAGACCCUGGCAGAACCACCCACCUCAUUGCUGCUAGAGCAGGUACAGAGAAGGUGCGUCAGGCCCAAGGCUGUAAACAUCUCCAUGUGGUGAAUCCUGACUGGCUGUGGGGAUGUCUGGAGCGCUGGGAGAGGGUGGAGGAAUCACUGUAUCCACUGAAGGAGGACUACACCAAGACCCAACGGAGCAACAGCCCAGUCACGUUCCCUGACCUCCAAGGCUCCUUCCAGAACCCCCGGUUCCCCCCCGCCUCCCUCCACCACCACCCUCCUCCAGCUGCCCCUGAGAUGCGGACGUACGACCCGGUCACGGGGAAGCUGAUUCGCCGUGGGACUCAGGCCUCCAGACCACCAUCUUACCUCCAGGCCUCCAUGUCUGCUGCCCACGGCGACCAGACCUCGCUCAGGGGGGGUCAGAAGGACCAGCAGGGGGAGACGGCGGGUCCCUCCAGUCGAGACGACGAGCAGCCUGGACCCUCCUGCCGGCGGAGGGAACGCCAGCCCAGCAUGUCAGAGACCAACCCCCUCUACACAUUCUGUAAAGAAGACCUGGACAGCAUGGACAAGGAGGUGGACGACAUGCUAGAUGAGGAGAGCGAUGAGGAGGGAGAUGGCCGGGGGAAGAAGACAAGGGAGAUGGAGGAGGAAGAGGAGAUGGAGGAGGAAGCAGAGGAGCAGCAGCCCCAGGGUAGUGGACAGAGCACUGAGGGAGAGAAGCAACACCACCACCACCAACAGGGUCUGGCCACCGUUGUAGAGGAGACGGAGAAGGCACAGAUGCCACCUAGUGACCAGGGCGGUAUGACGACGGGCAGCGUGUCAAGGGGACAGAAGCGCAAGCUUGAGGAGGAAGAGGGGGAGUCGGCGGACGAGUCCACCAAGGAUUCUAACGAGGAAGAGGAAGGAAGCAGCUCAGAGGCUGAUGAGAUGGCCGCUGCCCUGGAUGCGGAGCUUAACGACUUCAUGUGACAACGAUGAAUUUGAUUGGACAAAUGAACUGGAUGUUUGAUUGGACGUUUGUGAACAAUGACUCACAGAAACACUCCCCCCGAGUUAUCCCAGCAGCUUUCCAGCUACGUGGUACCUGAGAAUCAUUCUGUCUCUACGCUGUGUGCGUGCUUGUGUUUUAAAGAGGUGAAUGUGUUGUACAGAAUGAAACGGUAGGUUAGUACGGUAGGAAAACGUUGGUGUGUAAAUAUAGUUGUAGAUCAUUUUUAGGGUUAAUAUAGAAACUUUCGACAAACACGUUUGUGGUGUUGUUUUAUUGUGAGAUAAAAAAUAGGAUGUUUUACUUGAGUUUGUUUUUCUAUGAAGACUUUUUUAUAUAAAUUCAACAGAUUAUUAACUUUAUUCAUUGGUUAUAUGAUGCCAAAGAGUUUGAACUAGGCCAAUCAGAGCCUGCAGCUAAACAUUUUACUCUUGACGUCACAUUCUGUGAUCCUAUUUCCUGUUUUUUUUUGUAGGGGUUGAUCAUUAAAACGUUGUUACCGGUAGAAAGACUAAGAUGCCUGAAUGUGUCCUAUUGGCUCUUUUCCUCUGUUCUUCUCUACCUUGGCGUUGGUACCAGAGACAUAUAUAGAGAUCGAUAUGUAUGUAUGACUCUGGUUGGUACCUUAUAAAGUCAACUGAGCUAUCUGAGACAAACACCCAGAAUGCACUGCGAUAUCAACAUCAUCCUCAUCUUCAUCAUACCACCGUUAGUUAUCAGCAGUCUAUCUUUUGACUGACCUGGCUGAUAGCUCCAAGCAGGAAGUAUAUGAGUUGCACUGUGGCAGUCCUCCUGGCUCCACCAAUGAGAUUUGCCGGUCCUCCUGGCUCUACCAAUCAGCGGUGCUCCAUCAAUGGUUGGAGAUAGCUCCAAUCAGCACCUGGCUCCAACAAUGGUUUUGACCAACAUUUCCAACACCAACUAAUAUGUGUUUUACUUCGAAAGGUUAGCUGGUCUAGACCAUAGAUGACUAGUGCCCAAAAGCCCAUUUUAACAUGGGCAGCGUCAUUGACGACUCACCAUUUUGAACUAGUCAACUAGGUGGGACUUCCUAUGGGUUAAGGAAGGAUCACAUAAUUCCAUCCAGGUCAUCAGGAGGGAUCAGCCAAUGAAUUAUACUGGUAAAGCGAGCAUUCCAUAACUCAGGUGGCGAUAAAUCGGCAACCUUGGCUUUAUAUCUGUUCAAGCAACACACUCCAGGUAGCAGUAUGACCCCUUUCAGUUAGUUUGCCAACUUAUAGAAAUGGUAGUAGAAGAAAAUGGACUCAAUGGCACUGCAGGUUUUCUCAGACGCAAUAAUGGGACAAACACAAUGAUGCCAUGUCUAUCUAAGUCUAUGGUCGAGACCCACCAACCAGGUCACUGCCACCACCUCCCCUCACUGGAGCCUGUGAUGGUGGAUGCGUUUUGCUUUAUGCCAUUCUUAAUAGGUCUUACAGCUACUUCUAUCAGGCGAUUUAUGUUUUAGUCAGUUGCAUAGUCAAUGAUUUGCUAACGGCUACAUUUCAGCCAGGUUAUAGAGUUCACCAAGUGUCGUUGUGUCAGCUGCUCUUAGUAGGGACAUCAAACGUUCAGGCUGCUGCACAGACACUACGGAGGCUCUAGUCUAGGGCGCCUGGUUAAAUUGUGUUUGAGAGCAUUUUUUAACUCUAAAUUGUGAAAUGCGUAAGAAAUAGAUGUAAUUGUUGCAAUAGUUUGUGAGUAGGAAACAUAACACUGAGUAUAUAAAACAUUAAGGACACCUGCUCUUUCCAUAACGUGGUGAAAGCUAUGAUCCCUUAUUGAUGUCACUUGAUAAAUCCAAUCAAUCAGUGUAGAUGAAGGGGAGGAGACCGGUUAAAGAAUGAUUUUUAAUCCUUGAGACGAUUGAGCCCUGUAUUGUGUAUGUGUGCCAUUCAGAGGGUGAAUGGGCAAGACAAAAUAUUUAAGUGCCUUUGAACAGGGUAUGGUAGUAGGUGCCAGGCGCACCAGUUUGAUUGUGUCAAGAACUGCAACGCUGACAGGUUUUUCAGCUCAACAGUUUCCUGUGUGAAUCAAGAAUGGUCCACCACCCAAAGGGUGGGAAGCACUGGAGUCAACAUGGGCCAGCAUCCCUGUGGAACGCUUUCAACACCUUGUAGAGUCUAUGCCCCGAUGAACUGAGGCUGUUCUGAGGACAAAAUGGGGGGGGUGCAACUCAAUAUAAGGAAGAUGUUCCUAAUGUUUGGUACACUCAGUGUAUAUAUCAUCUUAAAUUGACAUGUUGAAUUAUUUUGCCAUAUUAAAUUAUUUUAUUUUCCUCUAAUUUCCCUAAUGUGGACACUUUCUGUUACUACCUUACACAAGCUUGCAUUUACACCCCAUAAAAUCUAUAAAUGUCGCUGGCCACACACCAAUAUACGGAUUUGACAGUCCGACUAUCACCUACAUAGCAGCCAACCGCUGUCACUGUCGAUAUCCUAUGCUGCAUCGUGAUUCAUUGAAGUUAACUAACAGAUAAAGUGGUUUGUUCCCUUUUCCAUGAUGGCAGCCUCCUGAAAUGAACAUCUGAUAUUCCAAAAUAUAGAUAUAAGCCUUCUACAAGUCUUCAUCUAACCAACCAUGUACAGUGCCUUCAGAAAUGCAUUGGUCUAGACACACGGUACCCCAUAAUGUCAAAGUGGAAUUAUGUUUUACAAAUGUAAUUAAAAAUGAAAAACUGAAAUGUCUUCAGUCAAUAAGCAUUCAAACACUUUGUUAUGGCAAGCUUAAAUAAGUUCAAGAGUAAAAAUGUGCUCAACAAGUCGAAUAAUACGUUGCAUGGACUCACUCUGUGUUCAAUAAGUAUUUACCAUGAUUCUUGAAUGACUACCUCAUCUCUGUACCCCACACAUACAAUUAUCUGUAAGGUCACUCAGUCGAGCUGUGAAUUUCAUACAGAUUCAACCACCAAGACCAGGGAGGUUUUCCAAUGCCUCACAAAGAAGGGCACCUAUUGGUAGAUGGGUAAUAAGAAAAAAAACAGACAUUAAAUAUCCCUUUGAGCAUGGUGAAGUUAGUCACUACAAAGAUACAUACGUCCUUCCUAACACAGUUGCAGGAGAGGAAGGAAACCACUUAGGGAUUUCACCAUAAGGCCAAUGGUGACUUUAAAACAGUUAGAUUUUAAUGGCUGUGAUAGGAGAGAACUGAGGAUGGAUCAACAACAUUGUAGUUACUCCACAAUAUUAACCUAAUUGACAGAGUGAAAAGAAGGAAGCCUGUACAGAAAAUAAAUAUUCCAAAACAUGCAUCUUGUUUGCAACAAGGCACUAAAGUAAUACUGCAAUUAAUGUGCCAAAGCAAUUUAUUUUUAGUCCUGAAUACAAAGUGUUAAGUUUGGGGCAAAUCCAAUACAACAGAGUACCACUCUCCACAUUUUCAAACACAGUGGUGGCUGCAUCAUGUUAUAGGUUUGCUUGUAAUUGUUGAGGACUGGGGAGUUUUUCAGCAUUAAAAAAAGAAUGGUGCUAAGCAGAGGCAAAGUCCUAGAUGAAAACCAACUUCAGUCUGCUUUCCACCAGACGCUGGGAGAUGAAUUCCAGUUUUCAGAGGACAAUAACCUAAAACACAAGGCCAAAUCUACACGAGUGGCUUACCAAUUUACAGUUUUGACUUAAAUCUACUUGAAAAUCUAUGACAAGACUUGCAAAAUGGUUGUCUAGCAGUGAUCAUCAUCCAGUUUGACAGAGCUUGAAGAAUUUAGAAUAAAUGUUAAUGGACAAAUGUUACACAAUCCAAGUGUGGAAAGCUCUUAGACUUACCCAGAAAGACUCACAGCUGUAAUCACCGACAAAGGUGUUUCUACAAAGUAUUGACUGUCAAUACUUAUGUAAAUUAGAUGUAUGUAUUUCAUUUUCAAUAGAUUUGCUACAAUUUCUGAAAACAUGUUUUCACUUUGUCAUUAUGGGGUAUUGUGUGUAGCUGGGUAAGAUAAAAAAUAUAUAUGUAAUCCAUUUUGAAUUCAGGCUGUAACACAACAAAAUGUGGAAUAAGUCAGGGGGUAUGAAUGAUUUCUGAAGGCACUGUAUAGGUUAUUCCAAGUUUCCGCGUGGUCUUUGAGUAGUGUUCGUUUAAACAGCGCUGUAGCAUAGACGUUUGCCCCCUGUCCUAUUGAUUUCAGAGUGAUGUGGAAGUGAUUAACAAAAUGUGUGUUGCGUUACACUUACCACGUUGGCGACCCACUUGAAUCAAAAUGCAACACUUCAAAAUGGAGAUAGCUGUCUUCUGCACAUUCUCCUCUAACCAGUGAUGUACACAUUAUAGCCUUAUUCAGUGUGGCUUUUGAGCUGUUAGUUUUAACAGGAUGUGCAACCUCAUCUCACCUCUCUCGUGCAGUUGUGUUCUCCAGGUUGUCCUCUAACCAGUGAUGUAAAAAUAUCUCCAUUCCCCCACAGAUCUAUAAGUGAUUUAUUGCUACAGUACUUGUCAAAAAAUACAAGUCAUAUGAUUACUAUUGUUGUAGAUGGUACAUUUUGUGUUAGGUUUUCAAAAUCACAAACUGCAUAUUGGUUAUUGAUUUUGGCUCUUUAAUAGUGUUUUGACUUUGGGCUAUUUAUCAAAAUGUCUUGUCAAUAGAAAGCAGCGACAGCAUCAUGUUCAAUAGAACUUUCAACAUUCAUUUCCAAUGGCAUUGUACGCAAUCAGGUAAAAACUGCUGAAUGAGUCCAAUAACGUGCUGUGAUUGAUUGAUUUUGAUGAGACCGUGCAUUCGGAAACUAUUCAGACCCUUUACUCAGUACUUUGUUGAAGCAGUGAUUACAGCAUCGAGUCUUCUUGGGUAUGACGCAACAAGCUUGGCACACCUGUAUUGGGAAGUUUCUCCCAUUCUUCUCUGCAGAUCCUCUCAAGCUCUGUCAGGUUGGAUGGGGAGCGUCGCUGCACAGCUAUUUUCAGGUCUCUCCAGAGAUGUUCGAUUGGGUUCAAGUCCAGGCUCUGGUCGGCCACUCAAGGACAUUAAGAGACUUGUCCCAAAGCCACUCUUGUUUUGUCUUGGCUGUGUGCUUAGGGUCGUUGUCCUGUUGGAAAGUGAACCCCAGUCUGGGGUCCUGAGCGCUCUGGAUCCGGUUUUCAUCAAGAAUCUCUCUGUACUUUGCUCCAUUUAACUUUCCCUCGAUCCUGACUAGUCUCCCAGUCCCUGCUGCUGGAAAAACAUCUCCACAGCAUGAUGCUGCCACCACCAUGCUUCACCGUAGGGAUGGUGCCAGGUUUCCUCCGGACGUGACGAUUGGCGUUCAAGAGUUCAAUCUUGGUUUCAUCAGACCAGAGAAUCUUGUUUCUCAUGGUCUGAGAGUACUUUAGGUGCCUUUUGGCCAUCUCCAAGCGGGCUGUCGUGCAUUUUACUGAGGAGUGGCUUCUGUCUGGCUUGAUUUGGGAGAGAGCUGUUGUCCUUCUGGAAGGUUCUCCCAUCUCCACUGAGGAACUCUGGUGCUAUGUCAGAGUGACCAUUGGGAUCUUGGUCACCUCCCUGACCAAGGCCCUUCUUCCCAGAUUGCUCAGUUUGGCCGGGCGGCCAGCUCUAGGAAGAGUCUUGGUGGUUCCAAAUUUCUUCCAUUUAAGAACGAUGGAGGUUCUUGGGGACCUUCAAUUCUGCAGACAGUACCCUUUCCCAGGUCUGUGCCUCGACACAAUCCUCUCUCGGACCUCUAGGACAAUUCCUUCGACCUCAUGGCUUGGUUUUUGCUCUGACAUGCGCUGUCAACUGUGGAACCUUAUAUAGACAGGUGUGUGUGCCUUUCCAAAUCAUAUCCAAUCAAUUGAAUUUACCAAUCAAGUUAUAGAAAUAUCUCAAGGAUGAUCAAUGGGAACAGGAUGCACCUGAGCUCAAUUUCGAGUCUCAUGGAAAGGUGUCUGAAUACUUAUGUAAAUAAGGUAUCUUUUUUAUUUUGUAUAAAUUAGAAAACAAUUCUAAAAACCUGUUUUCACUUUGUCAUAUUGGGGUAUUGUGUGUAGAUUGAUGAUGAUUUUAGAAUAAGGCUGUAACGUAACAAUGUGGAAAAAGUCAAUGUGUCUGAAUACUUUCGGAAUGCAUUGUAUACCAGAAAUCACCAAUACGGGGCGCCCUGCCUGCUCUUAGGUCGUUUUAGAAUCCAGGGCUGCGAUUGUUCAAGGGUGAGAGGUCAUGGGUCAGGAGUUAAAGCUGUGAUGCUAGGUCCUCACCCAGAACAUUAACUGCCACUUCAUUAUUAACCUGAUUAGAUAGAUUAAGAUUAAAGUUAUUUUUUCAUUGUGUUUAAGCCAUUCACCCCACCCUUAGUUGUUUUCUCUAUUCUGUUUUGGUUUGUUAUUAUUUUCAAUGAAAAGACUGAUGUGUAAAUGUAUUUGUAUAUUCUAUUUCAUACUUGACCUGACAGAAAAUAUACUUUUCGUUUAAUAAAUAUUUGUUUGUUUUUUUAAA